GCGUCAUCGCCAGCAACGGCGUGUCGCGAGCGGAGGCAUGGACGCUCGUCCGCGUGCUACCACCGGCGCCCUCUACACUGCUGCUGGAGCUGUCCGACGCCACGGCGGGCGACCACCCGUCGUGCAUCCCCGCGGAGACCGUUACCAUGGAGACCGUUACCGUGGACGACGCGCGUCGUAUCCUUGUGUUCGCCGGGAGAGAGGCGCGGCUGCGAGCGUCCGUCGCGACGGGGGUGAACGUGACGUUCCACUGGCGGUUCAGUGUGGCGGAGGAGGAGGAGGAGGAGGAGGAGGAGGAGGAGGAGGAGGGAGGAGGUCGUGCGCUGCUGGUGCAGAGGAGCGAUCGUGAGGAGUGCCGCGGCCUCGCGUGCCUCGUCAACGAGCAGAAGCACACAUUUACCGAGGUUGGACUGUCAGUUGUGCGGCUGCGCGUUUAUAACAGCUAUGGCAGCGUAGAGCAAGACUUCAACAUCGUGGCCGUGGCCUCGCGUCUCUCCGACCUGACCAUCGACUCGCCGGCGGAUCACCUCGUGCGUCUGCCCGACGCCGCCGUCCUGCGACUCUCUCUCUACACGACGUCUCGGCGGACGACGCGCCUCUCUCUCGACUUCGGCGACGGCCGGCGGAGCGACGCCAGCCUCCGGGACGACGCGGGGGAGGAUGCGGGCAAGGAUGCGGGGCGGCGCGUCGCCACGACGACGAGUUACGGCGUCGGCUGCCGACUGCACGUGAGCGUCGAACACGAGUAUGAUGCCGAGGGCGUGUACAACAUCACCGCCCGCGCGUACAACGUUGCCGAUAGCGCGUACAACGUUGCCGCCGCUGCCGAGGGUGCGUCCAACGUUGCCAAGAAGUCGUACAACACCACCGAGGGCCCGUUAAACCCGCACAACAGCAGCAGUGCGGCGGAAGAGGCUGCGGCGGCGGCGGCGGAGGAGGCGGAGGAGGAGGCGCGUCACGCGCUGACCGUCAUGCGGAAGCUGCGCGGCGCGGAGGUGCGCGGCGAUCGCGCGGUUGCCGCCGGCUCCCUCGCCCGCCUCACCCUCCACCUCCAGCAGGACUCCGCCUUCAAGCGCGUCGCCUGGUACGUCGCCGACGCCGCGUCGCCGUCGCUACGGCGACUCGCCGAGACGUCGGCGACGCUCGUGCACGCGUUCCCCGCCGUCGGGGUCCACCGCGUGGGGGCGCUAGCGUCGAACGCGCUCGGCGAGGCGCGCGCGGACUUCGUCGUCGUCGACGUGCAGCGUCCGAUCUCGGGCCUCGCUGUUACCGCCGCGCCGCGCGUCGUCGUCCGCGGCUCCCAGGUGGCGCUGACCGCCGCCCUGCGCGACGGCACGGGGGUGGAGUUUGCGUGGGAGGUCGCCGGGGGCGACGUGGUCGUCGUCGGGGGCGACGGGCGAUCGGAGACGGCGCGGGUCGUGUACGAGCGCGCGGGCGCGUACGCGGCGGCGGUGACGGCGGCGAAUUCGCUCGGGCGCGUGACGGCACGCGUCGCGGGAGGCGUCCUCGUCCAGGACCCCGUCGCCGGCCUCGCACUGGCGGACGGCGAGAUCGUGGUGGGCGACGGUGGCGCCGCCGCGGUGGUGACCUUCGCGGAGGUCGGGGAGCGGCGCGUGAGCGUGCGCGCGUCCAACGGUGUGUCGUCGCUGACGGAGGCGGGAGUGGUGGCUGUUCUGCGCAGGUUUGACGGCGUGACGGUGGAGGCGGUCGGGGACGUCGUCGCUCGCAGGCGGAGCGUGUUCGUCGCAAAACUAGACGGAAUUCUGAUGACCACCCCGGACAUCGUCUUCGUCUGGGAUUUCCCCGGCAACUCCUCCGACCUCGCGACGAUGGCCCCCAUGGCGUCCGGCGUGUUCUCGGAGCCGGGCGAGCACACAGUUGCCGUGACGACGGUCAGCGCGGUGGGGGAGAUGCGUGCGACGCUGACGGUGGAUGUGAGGGAGGAGAGCGAGGAGGAGGCUGCGCGGCUGGAGCACGAACACGUGGCGCGCGUCGGGCGCCCCCUGGAUGUGAAAGUAGUG